AUGCCCGAUAAGACGGCGUCUGUUGUUUCCUACGCCGCCGGGGCGUCUCUCGCCGCUGCCGCUCUCAUCUACGUCUUCGGCCCGACCUUCACCAUCGACCACGACACCACCAGCUCGCGCAAGAAAACCAUCGUCGGCCUGCGCAACCAGGCCAACGACUGCUUCAUCAACUCCGUCCUGCAAGCCCUGGCUGGGCUGCCCGAGCUGCGAGUCUACCUCAUCCGCGAGACGCAUCGCCGCCGCAUCGAGGACCCGGCCGUAUACGCAAACCUGGUGCAGCCCCUGGACGGGAAGCAGCUUGCGCUGUGGAAGCUGCAGGGCCUUCAGGAUGGCCUGGUGACGCAUGGGCUCAAGGAGAUGCUGGACGCGCUUAACGAGCGGCCCAUUUCGAAAAAGGCCAUUUCUCCCUUUCCCUUUGUCAAGGUCCUGGAAAUUGCGUUCAAGCAGCGCAUCAGCAGGCAGCAGCAGGAUGCGCAGGAGUUUUUGCAGAUUGUGGCAGAGAGGCUAAAGGACGAGUAUCACGCCGGCCAACGCGCUCGCUCGCAUGCUCGGAAACUGGGCAUUGCGGCCGCAGCCGAGUCCAACAGCACCAAGGACGGGAACGACACUGACAAGUCGGAUGACGUUGUCGACAUCGCCAACGGAUUGGGGGUAUCCGGAGCGGGAUCCGAGAUUGCGGUCGACAUCGAUCUGGCCGAUGUGCAGAGAGUUGUUCGCGAGAUCCAGGCUCCGCUGGAACUGGAGGAGGGCUUUCCGUUGGAGGGGAGAUACGAGUCGCAUAUCCAGUGCCAGACCUGCGGCUACACCACCAAGCCGAGGGAGGAGACUUUCUGCAGUCUGACGCUGGCAGUCCCGCAGGUCUCAUCGACAACGCUAAACGCAUGCUUUGACGGUAUUUUUAAGACGGAAUAUAUCGACGACUUCAAGUGCGAAAUGUGUCGCCUGGUGCAGACCCGGACCAACCUCGAGCACGAGAUGGCGAAAUCGACGUCCGAGAGCUUCAGGGCGUUGGCCCAAGAGAAGAUUGAAAAGCUCAAGAUGGCCAUUGCGCUUGACCCGGAACAGCCGCCCGAGGAUGUCGAACUCGGCGACAUUCGAUAUGCGCCCAAGAGGAGGAUCGCCAAGACGACGCGCAUGUCUACGUUUCCCAAAAUCUUGGCCAUUCACCUGUCCCGAUCCAUCUACGGCAUUGGCCAGGUCACGCAGAAAAACUCGGCCAAGGUCGCUUUCCCCGAGCAGUUGCCGCUGGGAAGCGUCAUCGAGCAGCGCAAGUACAAGCUCCUGGGCGUGGUGACGCAUCGAGGAGGCCAUAACAGUGGUCAUUACGAAGCAUUCAGACGCCAGAAUGCGCCAUCUCCCUACGCAAACAUCAAUACCUUUCAGCCGUCCGAAAUCUAUAGCAAGACGCCGACGCCCAUCUCAACGCCACAGAUCUCCGCCCUCCGAUCCGACAGCCCUUCCAUAUCGACUCCGGAUUUGCUCUCGCCGUCUUCAGGCACGACUUCGUCUACGCCGUCGCUCGACUCUGCAGGACCCCCUCGAAGCGUCCCCGUAGAUCUCCCAAGCUCUCUAACGAAUGGCAGAGAUGGCGAGACCAGCAGCCUCCGAUCUGUUGCUGCAUCCACCAAGUCAGCACUGUCCAAGCUUGCGCCUCCUAGGGCAAGCCUCAACGGAUCCUCAUCACCCAGCCCCCCGGGCGUCAGCAAGCCUCAUCAACGGCCUAAGAAGCGAAGGCCCGCGGACAAGUGGUGGCGAGUGAGCGACGAAAAAGUACGCGAGGCCAAGACAAGCGAGGUCUUGGGCAUGCAGAAAGAGGUAUACCUGCUGUUUUACGAGCUGGACGCGGAAGAAUGA